CAGCCCUGCUGCUUCCCUCCUCUUCCUCUCGCGCCCCUCCUGCCUGAGCUUCGUGAAAAGAUACGAUGAAAUCGCUCGCGCUCGCUGUCAUCAUCAUCAGCGCCGCCCUGUAGAGAGAGAGAGAGAGGGAGCUCGAGGCCCCCCCUCCCCUCCCCACCUAACAACAACCCCAACCCCGCAGGCUCGAGCACAACGACCCCACCCCCCAACCCCCUGUGAGAGAGGAGACGGAGCCAGAGAGGCGCAUACAGAGUCACGGAGAAAAGACGGUUUCGGGAUCCCGGCUCUGUUUUGCCCUCAAUCCGGGCCUAAUGCUGUAGCAGACAGCGCAGGAGGAGAGCUCGAGCGAGAGACAACGCACUGAUUGAGAGUCGGUGAGGGACAGGGCGGACCGGAGAGACGACGGGAUUGCUCAUUCGCCUGGAAACAUGGGAUGUACACUGAGCGCCGAGGAGCGCGCUGCUCUGGACCGGAGCAAGGCCAUCGAGAAGAACCUGAAGGAGGACGGGAUGGUCGCCGCCAAGGACGUCAAACUGCUUCUGCUCGGCGGCGGAGAGUCCGGUAAAAGCACCAUCGUCAAACAAAUGAAGAUUAUCCAUGAAGAUGGCUUUUCUGGGGAUGAUGUGAAGCAGUAUAAGCCAGUGGUCUACAGCAACACCAUCCAGAGCUUGGCGGCCAUCCUCCGAGCCAUGGACUCAUUGGGCAUCGAGUUUGGAGACAAGGAUAGAAAAGCUGAUGCUAAGCUGGUGUGCGAUGUGGUCAGUCGUAUGGAGGACACAGAGCCGUACUCUGCAGAGCUUCUUACUGCUAUGAAGCGUGUAUGGGCCGAUGCUGGGACUCAGGAGUGUUUCAGCCGUGCCCGGGAAUAUCAGCUCAACGACUCAGCUCAAUACUACCUGGACAGUCUAGACCGGAUCGGGGCAGCAGACUACCAGCCCACAGAGCAGGAUAUCCUGAGAACCCGAGUGAAGACCACUGGUAUCGUCGAAACCCACUUUACCUUCAAAAACCUCCAUUUCAGGCUGUUUGACGUGGGGGGUCAGAGGUCAGAGAGGAAGAAGUGGAUCCACUGCUUUGAAGAUGUGACGGCCAUUAUCUUCUGCGUUGCGCUGAGUGGAUACGACCAGGUGCUCCAUGAAGAUGAAACGACUAACCGCAUGCAUGAGUCUCUCAUGCUCUUUGACUCCAUCUGUAACAACAAGUUCUUCAUCGACACCUCCAUCAUCCUCUUCCUCAACAAGAAGGAUCUGUUUGGUGAGAAGAUUAAGAAGUCACCGCUGACGAUCUGUUUUCCAGAAUACACAGGUGCUAAUACUUACGACGAUGCUACUGCAUAUAUUCAGGUUCAGUUUGAGAGUAAGAACCGCUCUCCCAAUAAGGAGAUCUACUGUCACCUGACCUGUGCCACAGACACAGGAAACAUCCAGGUAGUGUUUGAUGCCGUCACUGACAUCAUUAUUGCAAACAACCUUAGAGGGUGUGGCUUAUACUGAGGCCUGGCCAAGCACAGAGGUUGUCAUGGAGAGUAUGAGGUGUUAAUAAUGAUAAUUUUGAUGAUACUUAAACACAUAAAUAUGUAAUUCUACACGUCCAAAUGGACCCAAAGAGCUGCCGUCAGACACCACACUGGAUUAUUGCCAUGAUUUGUUCCCUUCCUCUCAUUUUGAUUUCAGUAUACAACCCCAGUUUUGUCUUUUAAAAAAAUGUGUUUUUGAGCUGAAUGUUUCACGUUUUUUUUUUUUUGUUGAUGACCGUGUCAACAACUGGGAGGGUCAGAAGAGGCAGCACCAGGGUUGUGUUCAGCUGGAGCCUUGUUUUGCAAAACACAGAAAAGCAAUGCGAGGAGUGUGCAAUGUCAUUUUUAACCACAGCGUGGACUAUAGUCCCAUUCUUUAUGUGACGUUUUUAUGUGCAAGUCUCGAGGCAUUUAUAUCUGUACUGAAUAUAGCCUGUUGUGCUCCGUUUGAAGAGCUGCUGUGUGUGUGAAGGUGGAGAUGAUGAUGUUGGGGAGGUGCUGUACUCGUGGCUGAGGGUCAUGGUUGGGAGGGAGGCUAUUUUAACUUUCGGAAGGGACAAAGCUCCACUCUCCUUCAGACCCACACAUGACUGAGAGCCUGCAGGUCUUUUCCACUCUCUGUUUUCUCUUUUAAUUUAAACCAUGAUGAAAGAGAGGAUUCUUCUGUUCAGAGUGGCUGCCCGUAUCCAUUGGCCUCCUGUAGCGUGAGGAAAUGCCUAUCAGCCAAUGAUAUAUCAAAAUAAAAUCAUAUCGGUGCCAACCAUCUGAGAAGGACAGAUUAGGAUCAGAAAUCAUAGAUCAUGCUCAUACUAUCAAACGUAUAUUAUUUAAGUAACAGAUUAUUAUCAUCGAAUGAUUUAUUUAUUUAAGCCUCAUGCCCUACAUGCCUCCUCCUACCUCCUGAAAUCCCGUGCCACAUAUUUAUUUCCUGACAUGAAAAACUGGGGUACACCGACACCUGUCUGCAGUUCAGAGGGUAGAAAGCAGCCCUCCAAUGACAUCCUGUUCUCUGUGUGGUGCUUUACCCUUCGAUGUGAAUCUGUGUAGAAGUAGAAGACUGCACGAGGAGAACAAUAUCAUUUGAGGCAACAUCUGUCUGGGGAGCCGUGGGUUUUCUCCAACCCUCUUCUCCCCUGAUCAGUAAACAGGGAACCAUUAUCCCCCCCCCUCCGUCUGUCACGUUUCUCUUC